AUAAGACUUGCUCAACAAAAUAGUCGCGUGUCGAGCUAAAAACCUAAAAAAAAAAAAAAAAAAUACAAAUAUAAAUAGAAGGUAAUUCAAAAGGUAAUCCAAAGGACAUUUACUAAACACUCCAGUCGAGAGCUCGGCUUGGUGCUGGCCAUAUGGUGUCGGUUGCAUUGCGCUGCAACAUAUGGUCACUAGACGGGGAGGCACUAAAGAAAUUCAACAGCGAGUUAAUUGAUGUGCCACAGCCAGUCGACGAGCUGAGUUCGAGUCCGAGUCGAGUCAGACAGUAGCUCAUCCUCCCUCUCCCUCUCGCUUGCGCUGUGUGUGCUGUUGAGCGUGAAAGUCACAAAUUAUAGAAAAAGAGAUCAGAUGCCAUGAUAGCGGCAAUUUGGCAAGCUAUGACGCGUGCCAAGGCGAGAGCGGACCAGCAAAGGUCAAAGUAGUAGGCGGGUGCAAGAGAGAUAGACAGACAGACAGAGAGAGAGAGAGAAAGAGAGCGCAUAUCUAACCCCCAAAUGUUAGCACUGAAAAGAGAGAGGAAGGGAGAGCGAGAUAGAGAGAGAGCCGCCCCUGUUGAUGAUCCUUGAUAUGUUAAUGAUGAAGAUCCUUGCUGCCUGGCUGACUGGGCAAGGGGUCAUUUGCUUGCCUCAAACUUGGUCAGCGCGGCGGUAAAAAUAUUUAUACAACUAGCCCAAAGGGUGGCUUCAGCAGCUCGUGCCACACACGAGUCUCUGAGGCAGUGGCAACGGCAACGGCAGCGGCAGCAGUUGCGGCUCAGCACUCGAGUCGUCCAGUCGAACGCCAACCAUGAGUCGCUACUACUCAUCGGAGGAGGACAACUGCUCCUCGCAGUAUCUCGGCAGUCCCAACUACAAUCUAACGCAGACUUUCAACCAGCUCAGCUAUCUAACUCCCGAUUGGCAGUUCCUGGAGCAACACCAACAACAACAGCAGCAGCAGCAGCAACAGCAGCAGCAACAGCAACAACAGCAGCUAACAUCGAUCCCCAGCUAUGAUGAUUCCCUUGCCAUGCCGGCGAGCGUCGCCUGGAGCGUGGAGAGUGAGCAGCCGGUGAAGAAGCGCAAGCUGGAGUCACGUCGCUUAUCCGAUUCCACUGGCUUGAUCCUCAGUCCCACCGUGCAGAAGCGCCGCCGGCAGGCGGCCAAUGCACGCGAGCGCAAGCGCAUGAAUGGCCUGAACGAGGCCUUCGAUCGACUGCGUGAGGUGGUGCCAGCGCCCGCGAUCGAUCAGAAGCUAUCCAAAUUCGAGACACUGCAAAUGGCUCAAUCGUACAUCUUGGCCCUAUGCGAUCUGUUGGACAACAAUGGCGAGGACGUGGAUGCUGCGGACUAUACGAUCUUUGGCGGCAGCGAAAGCAGCUUCGAGCUGGCGUCUCCACAUUGAUGAUCGACUUGUAUUUCUAGAACACUAAGAUUUAAGGUUUGUGAUUUCUCUUCUAGCGAUUAGCAUAAAUGAUA